AUGCAUCCGCCUCCGAGCCAUAUGGCUCAUAACUCGACCACUCUCUACCAGACCAUCACCCACACUCUCGGUCGAACCAAUACCCGUUCCAACUCUACUUCUUCCUCAACAUCCAAUAUGAGUCAAUCCUCACAGCGUUCUCCACCUCCCAGCUCGCACAAGAGGACCUCGUCACAGCACAAGAGCUCCAGCCCCUCCUUUGCUACCUCGACACUCCCCCGCAACCUCGUGUUUGACUAUGUCCGUCCCGAAGAGGUCCGCGCUGCACACGCUCUCGAGGUCGAGGGAUUCCCCCCUGAAGAUGCCGCCAGCUACGACAGAUUAUUAUCUCGCCAGACAGCCGCUCCCCAUUUGUUUUUGGGCGCCUUUGUUCCCUUGCCGCCGCCCAAAGUCGCCGGUCCUCUCUCCGUUUCGGGCCAGCCAAGGAGGAGGAUCGUUGGCUUCAUUACGGGCACGGCUGCGCCUGCGCUUACCCUCCGCUCCAUGUCGACUCACGACACUUCCGAAGAUGCGCGCAUCGUCUGUAUUCACUCGGUCUGCGUCGCGAGCGAGAUGCAGAGAAAAGGCCUCGCAACAAGGAUGCUCGAAAACUAUAUAUCUCGCAUUCGCAAAGCCGAAGAAGGAAAAGGUCCCGAAGGCGACAAGGGCAAGCGCGGAUACGAAACCCUAGCAUUGCUCGCGCACGAAGAGCUCACUGCACUCUACAAAAAGGUCGGCUUCCGCACUCAGUGCGUCAGUCACGUUCAGUACGGCAGUGGUCAGUGGCUCGAGAUGAGGCGUAGCGUCUAUCCUUCGCCCAGCAGCGGAUCUGCAAGCCGCCCCGGCUCACAAUUGACAAGGACUACCUCGGCCACUUCCUCUGCAAGCGACGACCCCCCCGCUGGCCUCAAGAUGACUUCUCCCGUUGCCCCAUCCGUCGACACAACGCCGACUCCCAAGCAGGGUGCUGCCUCAUCGGCCCUUACGACAACCGUCAACCAAGACAAGAAGUCACUGGCACCUUCUGAACCAAAGUCCGCUGCUUCUCCUCCUUCCAAAUCCACGUCGCCACCUGGCAUGCCGUCCCAAGCAUCCAUCAUGGCUGCGCUCGCUGCCCAGUCAGAGCCUGGCAAGAACCCAGGUCAAACGUACACCUCGAUCCUCGGUCAAGCCGUUGCUGCCAAAACUCCGGCUGAAGACGCCGGGUUGGCGCUUGAAGCGCGUCUCGUCGAUCGCGAGACCGGAACCAAUCUCGCAAAACUCUACUGCCCCAUGGACAAUUGUCGAUGUUGCCUUCUUGCUAAAGGCGCCGGUGAGUGGACGCGAAAGGAGAGUGGCCCCCUCUCUAAUCCGGCUUUGCAACUGCCCAACUCUCCCUCGCCCCCUCAGACUCCCGCCUUCCCACUGCAUGCUGCCAGCGCAAGUGUCUCGCAUCGCCUGCUGACUAGCGUCAAAGGCUUCUGGAUGGUUGCCGGUCCGCUUCAGUUUGAAAAUGUUGGCUUCUCGCGCGACCUCCUAUGGACGGUGCCACUGUGCAACGAUCCCACCUCGAUUAAGUUGGACUCUGACCAAGCUUUGGGCAACAGUGUCGGAUCUUCCACUGCUCAGCGCACCAAAGCGCAAGAGAAGGAAGCCAGGGAAAAACAAAAGAAGGAGGAAAAGGAGAAGCGCAAAAAGGAGAAACGCAACCGCAAACAUGCAGGUAGCGGCUCGGACGACUCGGAUGAGGAUGUCGCUUCACUUCUCUCGCAUCUCAGCUUAGGUCUGAAGCCGGGAGAGCAGUUGACGGUCAAGUAUCUGCUGUGUCCCGACUGCGAGUGCGGCCCCCUCGGCUUCACCAUUCUUCCAGCCGAGAUGCAGGGUGGACGCUUGGCGGCUGAAGUAGGCGAUGAAGUGGAGAGAAUGAAGGGCGGAAUGCGGGAGCCUGGUGAGACCAAGCCCAAGAGGCCGCCUCAGAUGUUCUACUUGGCGGCGGACAGGGUGAGGUAUCAGUUUGAACGGUCGUGA